UUACGCUUUCAUUCACAAUGCACGCUAUUGACACCCCCUGCCCCGCUCAGCCUGCAGCCCUGUAACGUACAGUCGCUUGCGGACUCGCCGAGGGAAAAAAAAACCAUAUCUCGAGAAAAAAAACUCGCGUGUCAUCAAGCCCUGACGCCUGUCCCGUCAUGUGCCCACGUCUCGAGUGACAGGCAGUGCAGCCCAGGAACUGUCGUCGUGUAGCCACGUUCGCGGAGCGCCCGCUUCGCCAGGUGUGUGUGUGUGUGCCAGCCACUCUCCAGACAAACCGCUCCGUAUCCGGUCGCCGACUUCUCGAGGAAAGAUGGAUUUUAAACAGCUGGUGGAAAUCGCGGAGAAAUGGUGCUCCGGCAUCCCCUUCGACCUCAUCGCGGCGGAGGAGACCGACGAGAGACGGCUGGAUUUCUACGCAGAUCCCGGCCUCUCCUUCUACGUCCUCUGUCCCGACAUGAACGGAGGAGCGGAGAAUUUUCACGUGUGGAGUGAAAGUGAGGACUGCCUACCUUUUCUUCAACAUGCUCAGGACUACAUCUCCUCAUGUGGGAAGAAGACACUGCCUGAAAUCCUAGACAAGGUCUUCAAAUCCUUUAGGCCGAUCUUGGGGCUUCCUGACUUAGAUGAAGAUGCCUUUGAAGAAUACCACGCAGAUGUGGAAGAGGAGGAAGCAGAAGCUGACCACCCACAAAUGGGAGUUAGCCAGCAGUAACGCAGUGGACAGAGUGGGGUUGGGAAAGGGUUGGUGGGUUUACUCGGUGAAGAGUUUUCUUUGAUCAUGCCACAUUGGAGGGGACCUCGCUUUCUGCAAGUGUCGCUUUUAUUGCUACACAGUAAUGCUUACAAUGUCAAAUAGAUGAAUAAUCCCAUAAACGGAGAAAAGUUUCAAAAAUGUGCAAGUGUGGCUAGAUCUUAUUUGGGAUAUUUAUCAUUUACCUCUUCAAGAAAUCGAAAGAUCAGGGCACAAUUCAAAAUCACCAUGAUUGGUUGGCUCUGUUCAUGCUUGUGCCGGUGUCUUUUAACUGUCAAUUCCAGAAGCAGUUUCUAAAGGGCAGUGAUUAAUAUUUCACAACCGAUAAUGUAUGGUUUCACUUUUAUUUCUGCGGGACCUUCCUUAUGCAUCCAUAUUCAAGUGUAGAGUUUAAUUAUAUAUAUAUAUUUGCCAUGUUGAAAAAUGUGCCUGCUCAUAAGAAACUGUCUGCGUUUUUGGAUUUCUUUUUGUUGGAAUGUGUCCCACUGAUGCCCGCGUAGUAACGGUGUAAUGAGGAAGCAUGUGUUUAAGUUGUAUUCAGUAAACUGACUUGAUGGACUCUUUGUCAACACAGAGAAGUGAUGUUCGCACUAACGGGGGGGGUCAUCACUGUGUUUGAAGCUCACAAAAAAUGUUCAUGUUCUGGUAGAUUGGAAGGCAUCCCGAUUUGUGGCAGUUGGCGCAGUGGUAGCGCUGCUGCUUUGCAGCAAGGAGAUUGUGAGUUCGCUUUCCAGGUCCUCCCUGCGUGGAGAGCGCUUUGAGUAGUGAGAAGAGCGAUAUAUAAAUGUAAAGAUUAUUAUUAAUUACACACUUACAAACGAGCACAUAAAGCCCCUGUACCAUUCUUUUCCAUGAAAUAUGUAUUAAUUGUCAAGUAACAACUCCCGAUUUUUUAAACUUGCUCUUGAUGUGAAUGAAAACAUAGCCGCCAUCUCUAAUGCUGAGGAUUAGUACAGUACAGUAGGCCACCAUUUUCAGUCGGUUUGUGCUUUCAUUCGCACUUGCCACUGAUUUGUAACCUGCAGUAAGCUCCAUCACCGGUCAGCAGCUGAACUUUAGGCUGUAUGGUGGGACCUGCUGCUUGUGAUUUCCAGAGUCCCAAGUAUGACGUCUCGGAGAAUAUCGCCGAAGGGAAGGAAGGGGAUGUGAUUCCUCCGCGGAGGCUAAUUUCUCAGUCCUCAUUUGGAGUGGAUUUUUGUGCCGUUAUUCUGCAUUUCCCAACUCCAUGUUGCAUUGUAUCAUUAUUAAUAACUGUUGGAUGUUUAAGCAUAAGGUCAACAUAUUAUUGUAAAUGCCUGUGGUUUAAACUCUUUAACUUAUUUGUGAUUUAAAGUAUAGUAAUAUUGCUUCACUGUCAUUUUUUUAGUUAAGACUGAGAUGUUUUUCUUUCCAAUAAGCAGUAAAGCAUUAUGCAUUCUU